GCAGAAGUCGAGAGACUCAAGAGACCAAUAAACCAAGAUGCUCUCGUAUAGCACGCCCACGCUGGUGGCGGCCGUGAUGGUCGCGUUGCUGGUGCCUUUCCUGACUCGCGCAGUUCUGGUUCGCCGCAGGUUCUACAAGAUGAGAGCUAACGGGAUCGUAGGUGCUACUGCUUGCUAUGCGCGAGGCUCUGCACCAUUUGUUUAAUCCUAGGUUAGACGAGACAACGGGCUGACAUCUUCUUCCACAGCCCAUCAUCGAGCCAUACUCGCCCUUUCUGGGCCAUCUCCCGCUGAUGAGGAGCUUGAGAAAAGGGCUGCCUCGCGACGCUCAUGGCUCCUAUACCUCGAUGAAAAUCAUACAAAACUGGCAAACAUACUUUCCCACCGCGAAGAAAUGUCCUCCCUUGAUCUAUCUAGAUGUCUGGCCCUUUAUAUCCCAGCCUAUCAUCAUGGUUAUUGCGCCCGAGCUCUGCGCGCAGCUCACCCAGGAGACGCCCCAGCCACGGCAUCCCAUGUUUGGAUGGGCAAUGACCCCAGUCACAGACGGUAUUGACAUUAUAUCUAUGAACAUGGCUGACCAUAAGGUCUGGCGCUCCAGACUGAACCCAGGGUUUUCGUCUAGGAACGUCAUUCAGAAUAUGCCUGCUAUCCUUGAAGAAGUCUCCCUUUUUGCCCAGAGACUGAAGGACACAAUUGAUGGGGAUAGCGGAGAAUGGGGGCGCAUGUUUACUCUCUAUGACCGAGCAGUUGCGGUGACCUUUGAUAUCAUCUCAAUAUUUACCCUUGAUCUUCACCUUAACGAACAGACAAGCGGGCCAGGGCCGCUACUUAAGGCUCUGAGGAAUCUAAUCACCCGAGUGAAGCUAAAGAAUAUCAAGAACCGGCUAGAACGAUAUACUCCAGGAUUUAGGCGCGACGUAUCGCAAAACGCGGCUACUAUGAGAGAUAUCCUACUACCCCAGAUACAGUCGCGGUUUAAUGAAUCCCCUAGUUCAAAGAAUCAGAAAACUGUCAUCGACCUAGCUAUCAAAGAUCUGAAAGAAAGCGGAUAUCAACCUACAUCUAGAUUAAUGAACAUCAUCGUCGCCAAUCUAAAGGCUUUCUUAUUCGCCGGUCAUGACACCACUGCUCAAACCCUGUUAGUUUUUCCCUUAGGAAGCCUAGAUAGAAGCUGCUUUACUUUGCUAACUCGCUUUAUUUUGCUAACUUGCUAUCUUAGUUGCUGGGUUUUCUACGAAAUCAACAAAUAUCCCGACAUCCUUGAAAAACUCCGCGCCGAACAUAAUCAGGUGCUAGGGUUCGAUCCAAAACUAGUAACCGAGAUAUUGCAACAAGCCCCCCACAAGAUAAAUCAGUUAGAAUACACGGCUGCAGUUAUCAAGGAAACACUACGCAUCCACUCUCUAGCCAACACCUUUCGCCAGGCUAACCCUAGCUUCACCUUCUCACUUGAUGGCAUCCAGUAUCCAACAUAUAACUUUAUGAUCCAGACAACUCCAACAAUGACCCAUAUUCAUCCUGAUCUAUGGCCUCGACCAAUGGAAUUUAUACCUGAUCGCUUCCUGGUCCCGGAUGGUCACCCCCUGUACCCCAUUAAGAAUGCCUGGCGUCCGUUUGAGUUAGGGUCGACGAAAUGUAUCGGCCAAGAACUAGCCUUGCUAGAGCUGAAGCUCGCCUUGGUGUUUACAGUGCGCGAGUUGGAUUUCGAUUUCAAUUAUGAUCUGUGGGAGGGAAUGAAGACAGAGAAGACAACGGGUGCAGUGCCGGACACAGUCAAUGGUGAACGCACAUAUAGAUGCGGUGAUGGCAUCGGUUCAGUCAAGGAUGACUUGCCUAUGAGAGUAAGGCUAAGAUAGCAGGAUUUUUUUUUUUUCCUAGUAAGAGAAGAAUUAAUAAAUGUCUCUAAAUAACCAGCUACACGUUGGGCUUUAUAUAUAAGGGGAAUAGAAAACCAUUCACUUCUUUCCGUUUACCUCCGGAACCUUCAUUCGACUCGCAAUAUCACGCACCACAUAUAUCUGGCCGUAUAAAUCAGUCACAUCACAAAACAUACGCCAUACCCCCAUCUUCCGCUCAUGAAGCUUCCGCGCCAUAUGGCUAGUUGCUCGCUGCCCUUCCUCCUGGAGCCUUUUGAAAGCAUCAUCCAGACAACUGCGCUCGUACUCCGCCAGCCUGAACAGGGCCUUUUUCUUUUCCUCCAUCGUGGCCGGGCCCGUCGAUCCCGCUAACAUCUGCAAUUCCGGAAAGUUGACCGAGUUGACGUUUCCCUCUGCCUUGUCACGGGCUACGGACCCGUAAUCGUUGUACAUGCGACACAUGGUAGACAGGUGCUUGCAGACGGAUGCGGCCAUGUACUUCUCUUCCGCAGUUCCAAAGCAAUCUUUCCCCUGCCCGAGCGAAGCGCCCAACAGGCAGCUCACAAACUGAAAAGAAUACGGGCAUGAAGUAUGUUCUGCUGAGGUGGUGCGUACCCAGUGGGAAAAACUGUCUGUGGCCGUGCUAUAAACCCCUCCGCUAGAGGGGUGCUCGAGCUGGAAUCUGGCGUUGUCUUCUAUCUGCGUUACGUGGGCCAAGAGGAAUUCCUUCAGGCGCCGACGCAGCCCGUUGC